CUCUCAAUCUCUCUGCUCUUCUAUGGCCUUUCGUUGACUGGAAUGGACCGACCCAUUUUGCAUCCACUGAAGGAUACGAAGGCUCUCGGCUUCGUGGAAAGACCAGUGGAAGCCUGGAAGGGAACCAAUGGAGAAUCUGGGAUUGCGGAAAGGCGACGAAAGCGAAAGGAACCCAAUGAGAUUCUUUGUCUGUUGAAUAAAAUUCGUACUGGGUCUUCUGAGUAUUCACUGUGCCUCAUUUUUGUUUCUGGGGUUGAUCUUGAUCGCGGGGGAAAAAGAGAUGGAUUCGUCGCCGAUUGAUCUGUUGAAGGAGCAUCUCCCUGUGGAACAGGACUCCGUGGUUCUGUCCGGGGACGUCAAGACCGGUCUUGUUCUUGUUGAUGUCGUGAAUGGCUUCUGCACGGUCGGUGCUGGGAAUCUGGCACCUAGGCAGCCUGAUAAGCAAAUCCAGGAUAUGGUGGAUGAGUCGGUGAGACUUGCCCGAGUCUUCUGUAAUAAGAAUUGGCCUGUUUUCGCUUUCUUAGAUUCUCAUCACCCAGAUGUUCCUGAGCACCCUUAUCCUCCGCAUUGUAUAGUCGGAACGGAUGAAGCAAAGCUAGUACCAGCCCUGGAGUGGUUAGAGAAAGAACCGAAUGCUACCCUAAGGGCUAAAGACUGUAUUGAUGGCUUUAUCGGUUCAAUGGAGAAAGAUGGUUCUAAUGUAUUUGUAGAUUGGGUCAAAAGCAAUCGAAUCCAAGCGAUACUUGUGGUGGGGAUCUGCACAGAUAUUUGCGUUCUCGAUUUCGUGAGCUCCGCCUUGUCAGCAAGAAAUCGCGGUCUUCUUGCCCCUCUAGAGGGUGUGAUUGUGUACUCGCGUGCCUGUGCUACUUUCGACAUUCCCGUUGAUGUUGCCAAAAUGGCUAAGGACCUUACUGCCCAUCCACAGGAUCUCAUGCAUCACAUUGGACUUUACCUGGCCAAGGGAAGGGGAGCCAAGGUAGCAUCGGAGGUGUUGUUUGGCGCUUGAAAUGUUGCUUGUUGGCUGCUGUAAAGAGCGAGAAUUCGUCUAUAUGUAAUGACUACUUCAAUGCUGAUAAAAUUUGAUGAUAUCUAAGUGGAUAACUGCAGUAUUGCCCGUUAAUGCUGCUUCUGUGAAUUUUAGCUAGCAUGCCUAUCUAGCAUCUGUACUUAGGUGGAUGCCCUUGUCCAGUCAUCCUUUCUGUAUUUGAUUUCAGUGUGUUUUCAAUUUGCUCGAGGCGUGGAUAGAGGUUCAAUAA